AUCUGUGAUCCCCUUCAUUACAUUGCCCGAAUGAGCAGGAAACACUGUGCUGGGCUUAUAACAUCAUCAUACACUGGUGCUUUUGUUGAUUCUGUUGGUCAUUUUGUCCUUAUAUCUAAACUAUCAUAUUGUGCUUCCCAUCAUAUCAACCAUAUUUUCUGUGAUGUCGCACCAUUGCUACAACUUUCCUGCAGCAGCACUUUUAGUGUGGAACUUUUCAUUUACAUUGUGGGGACAUUUCUGGUUUUCAAUUCUUUUCUCCUUACUCUGAUCUCAUACAUAUUUAUCAUCUCUGCUAUCCUGAAAAUACAAUCCUCAGAGGGGAGACAAAAAGCCUUUUCUACCUGUGCUUCUCACCUGGCCUGUGUGAUAACCCUUUAUGGGACAGUUAUUUGCCUGUAUAUGAGACCCACCACAAGUUAUUCCUUGGAAAGAGACAAGUAUUUCUCACUGCUGUACAUUGUCCUGGUACCUUUCGAGCUCUAA